AUCGUGCUGACAUGAACGAUCCGAUCGGUCCCCUGGCGCCUGCCUUUUCCACCCGUCCCCUCGCCAUCUGAGCCUACGACUGUCGGAGACAAGUGAUUAAGAUAAGCGACCUCGAUACGAAAGGGGAUCGAUCUCGAUCCACCCGCGCGACAAUGGUCUCCCGAUCCAGCGAAGCCAGUGAGGGGCUGCCGCCUUCCAAGACGCCUGGCACUCCGGCCAAAACACGACUCACGAGACUCGGCUCCAGCCCGUCGAAACAGGAUAAGCCAAAGGAUGAUAGGGUAGUCAAGUCCUCCGCGAAGGAUGUCGCGGAACUCAAGGAUUAUCAAUUGGGCGACUGCCUGGGUAAAGGCGCAUUUGGGUCGGUGUAUAGGGCACUGAAUUGGAAUACCGGUGAAACCGUCGCUGUGAAGCAGAUUAAAUUGGCAGAUCUGCCAAAGAGUGAACUACGAGUGAUAAUGUUGGAAAUUGAUCUAUUGAAGAACUUGGAUCAUCCCAAUAUUGUCAAGUACCAGGGAUUCGUGAAGUCUGUGGAAACUCUAAAUAUCAUACUUGAAUAUUGUGAAAAUGGCUCGUUACACUCCAUCGCAAAGAACUUUGGUCGUUUCCCGGAAAACUUGGUCGGGCUCUACAUGUCCCAGGUCCUCCAUGGUCUCUUGUAUCUGCAUGAGCAAGGUGUCAUACAUCGAGAUAUUAAAGGAGCCAAUAUCCUCACCACGAAAGAAGGUCUUGUCAAGCUUGCAGAUUUCGGUGUAGCCAGCAGAACCACCGGGUUGAGUGAAUCCAGCGUUGUGGGGACGCCCUACUGGAUGGCCCCAGAAGUGAUUGAACUCUCCGGCGCCACGACCGCUUCGGAUAUCUGGAGUCUUGGUUGUACCGUGAUCGAGCUUCUGGAGGGAAAGCCUCCUUAUUACAGUCUCCAGCCCAUGCCGGCUCUCUUCCGUAUUGUCAAUGACGAUCACCCUCCUCUUCCCCAGGGUGCUUCUCCGGCUGUCAAAGACUUCUUGAUGCAAUGUUUCCAAAAGGACCCGAACCUCCGUGUCUCCGCGAGGAAGCUCCUUAAACACCCCUGGAUAGUCAAUGCUCGCAGGUCCGAUUCCGUGGUUCCCAAGAAAUCCACCGAAUAUGAGGAAGCGGUCAAGAGUGUCCAGGAAUGGAACGAAGCCCUCCGUUCUCCCGACUCUGGAACCCUACGGAAACCGUACAGGUAUGAUGCUCAAGGCACUGCUCCUUUGCGCCCGGAGAUGGCACCAUCUCGGUACACGCCAACGAAAGACAUCCUCCCCAGCCCGGUCUCCAAGCAUGUGACAGAUCGAUUUCGCUCUCCGGACUCCACGGAAGAAGACAAUUGGGAUGAUGACUUUGCUACCGCGAUUUCCCCCAGCGCAUUACAGCUGCCUCACCUUCGACCGCAGGAUAACUUUGGUGGCAUGCUUUCCUCGGAAAAGUUGAAGGCUUUCGCAUCGCUUGAUGGUACAGUCUUGAGGUCAGAUGACGGCUUCGACGACUUUGACGAUCCCUUUACUCAGCAACCUAGUGAAUCAGAUCCUCUGCGGACAAUCCGUCCUUAUUCGGCUAAACCGACUGGGGAGAACAUGCCACCCCAGGCAAAGACUCCAAUAGCUGCGAUGCACUCUAAUGUGCCGAUUCUCCAGACCCCGGUGCCACCAUUAAGACCGCAGCGCCCGACGUCGUAUUUCAAGGAAAACUCGGUUGAGGAUUACUCCGAUCUUAUCUCUGCAAACGAAGAUGUUUUGGAUUCUAAACUAAGUGCUUUCCAAGAGAUUGAGGAGGAAGACAGCGAUGUGUCAGCCCCCUCUCCUUCGAAGGAAGUAGUCCGGUAUCAAGCAUCGCCGGAGCGUGAGGAAGAUCAUCAGCCCCAGCUCCGGAAACGCAUAUCUGUCAAGCGUCACCGGUCAGCUAUUGAAAUCCAGAAAUUCGCGGAGAACGAACGCGAUGAGGAUUUUUCUGAUAUUCUGGGGGCCGAUGAGGUUGCCCUCGACAAGUCUGAAAGCGAUGAAAGCUCCGAUCGGAGUACGCUGAUGCUAAACUCCAAGCUAUCGAACAACUCGUGGCUUGGCGACCAAGACGACGAGGACGACCCGUUCGCUCAGCUCGAAGAAGGACUCGAUGAGAUGGAUCUGGAAGCCAACAUUGCGCGUGACAAGUAUGCUCGUCUACGGGGUCAAGUUGAGGGUCUUGUCAGCUCUCUCAAGACUUCUCAGGACGAGGACGUGCUUGGGGAAAUUUCCGAUCAGCUGCUGACCGUCUUUUGCGAUCUUCCCGAGACGAAGAAUAUCAUCAUGAGCGCGCACGGGAUGCUACCUAUUCUAGAAAUCCUCGAUAUGUGCCGUCGCCGGGACAUUGUCCUGUGCUUGUUGCGGAUUGUCAACGCCAUCAUCUUCAAUGACUACGAGAUCCAGGAAAACCUCUGCUUCGUGGGAGGUAUACCCAUUAUUAACGAGUUUGCGGCCAAGAAGUACCCGCGAGAGAUACGAUUGGAAGCUGCAGCCUUCGUGCAGCAGAUGUAUCAAACAUCCACCCUGACACUGCAGAUGUUUGUCAGUGCAGGAGGUCUUAACGUUUUGGUCGAGUUCUUGGAAGAUGACUACGAAGAUGAACGCGAUCUGGUUCUUAUUGGAGUGAACGGAAUCUGGAGUGUUUUUGACCUACAGGGUUCGACGCCCAAGAAUGACUUUUGCAGAAUUUUGUCUCGCAACUCUGUCUUGGAUCCUUUGUCACUCGUUUUGAGCCGAGUCUUGGACGAAGAGGGCGAGUUGGCUGAGAUUGUAGAGGGCAGGAUUGCGAACAUCUUCUUCAUCUUCUCGCAGGCCGAGAAUCAUGUCAAGGUGAUGGUGGCCGAGCGGACAGUGCUGCAUAGGGUCUUGAAAGAGCUUAAGAGGAUGACACCCGUGCACCAGAUCACCAUGUUGAAGUUCAUCAAGAACCUGUCGAUGCUUUCCACCACUCUCGACUCUCUUCAGAACUCCAACGCCAUCGAUGUGCUGACGGACUUGCUGAGGUCGACUAUCAAGCGGCCACACUUCCGCGAGGUCUCCAAUCAGAUCCUGAACACCAUCUACAACAUGUGUCGUCUGAACAAGUCUCGCCAAGAGGACGCGGCUCUGAACGGUAUUGUGCCGCUUCUUCAGAAGAUCGUCAAAACCGAACGGCCGCUCAAGGAGUUUGCUUUGCCAAUUCUCUGUGACAUGGCGCAUUCUGGAAAAGUCGGACGCCGCGAGCUGUGGCGCAACAAGGGUUUGGCUUUUUACAUAUCUCUGCUCUCGGAUCCGUACUGGCAGGUGACCGCUUUGGACGCUAUCUUCACUUGGCUCCAGGAAGAAACGGCCAAGGUCGAGGAACACCUCUUGGACAACCGCUACGACAAGGUGUCCUUUACGGAUUCCAUUGUCCGAUGCUUGACAGUGUCCAAGGCGAAUGCCUUUGAAAACAUCCUCGAACCGCUGCAGAAACUUCUGAGACUGAGUCCGCCGAUUGCCUCGACGUUCGCGCGGCCCGAUUUGUUCAUGAGGAUAGGACAGAAACUACACCAUAACAAGGCUGCGGUCCGGUUGAACCUCCUGCGUAUUAUAUCGAGCAUCUGCGAUUCCAGCGAAGAGCAAGGCGGACUGCUGGCGAAAUACGGUCUUCUGGAGGCUAUCCGAGAACUAGAGCACGACCCAGCCAUCCUGGUCCGGGAUAUGGCUGGCAAAUUGAUCCAGUCCAAUGAGAAAAGUGAAGCGUUCAGCCUCGAGAAACGCAAACCCGGCAUGAGGCGCAAGAGCACUUCUACCACACCACCCGGCUUCCUUGCGAACCAGUCCGCCCCAACAACCCCACAGAUCAAUCGGUUCAGUCAACCGAAGGCUUACUUCGAUGGGCGGGAAAGCCAGCGGCACCCGCGGCCCUCUCUCAGCAGUUCCGCGCUGGCACUGCGACCCGGAAGCCGAGAUGGGACGGGGCCUGCUCUGUCAGCCGGGCUGAAUGGAAGCGCCGGACCAUCGAGAAACCGGCUGUCGCGAGGCGUGGCAAACAGGCUAUCCCAAGUAGAUCUCUUGGCCGAGGAAGAGUCCCGGCCAUCAAGCUCGCUGUCUCGUCGACGGUCCAUCCUUCCUCAACGCCGGCGGCCGACGCAUACUGAUGCGGAUUGGGGCGCUUGAACAUUCUUUGGUCCAGGUGAUAAU